GGUUACCUAGUUCGAUCCUAAGUACCAAGAUUGUGCUAUCUUCACCAACGCUCGGCGUCACAUUUAUUUAACGUGAGUCUCACAAUAUCGCGAAAAAAAAAGGAAGCAUCCCUCAGGACCAUGCUAUUAUCGAAGGUAACUCCAAUGGUUAUUUUUACUUCCUCGACGAAACGGCGUUGGCGGUAGCUUGGUUCGGAAUAAAUUAGAGUAACUAAGAUAUUUGCCGGUUGUACAGAAAUACUGCGAAGGAGUAAGUCGUUCAGUAGAAUCGAAGAAUUAUUGUGGACAACGCAUCGGGCGGACACCUUUCGCACUAGAUCUUGAAACUUCACGCAGAAGAAAACUCAUCGCAACGACUUCCAUCAAGUCUACCAUACUGUUCCCUGUCUGCUUGUUUGAAGGGCUCAACGCGAAUAGAUGCGAAUCUAGGGCCAGCAACAAGAUAUUUUUUGCACAAUCGAAAUAGUUCGGUGACACACAAAAGAAGAAAUUCAAACAAAAGUAUAGCAUGCGCAUUUUUAUGAUUGCCACUACGACGGCGGUAUGGACAAUUGCCAUCCUCACCGCAUCAAAUAGUGCUUUUGCAGAGAAUCUAAGAGCCAGCACACGAAGGAAUCCAACGAUUGCUAAUGGAGGAAUUCUCUCCGGGAAUGGAAACACAGCAGCAACGUUGAACGACAAAACCAAUAAGAAUAACGAUGACGAAGAAGAGCCCAAAGAGCGCACCAAUGGAGACAUCUCUCCCCCAGCCUUUGACAUUGAUGGGGAAGAAAAGGGAUUCUACGAUGGUUUGUUACUGGAGCAAUUAAGUAGUUUCGAUGAAACGCUACCACCAAGUAACUCCCCGCAACCAACUAUGCCAAUAAUCAAAGUAACAAAGCCACCCGGAAAUCUUCCCACCAUCCCUCCGAGCGCAGCACCAACGACGAUCUUGACAACAGAUCCUCCUACCGUUCCACCAACAGGAACACCAAAAAUGUCGCCCACGCUAAGACCCACAACGGAGUCUCCGAGCAGCUCGCCUACGAACCCUCCAACGAGAUCUGCAACGGGGUCUCCCACAGAGACACCUUCAAAGGAGCCCACCAAAACUCCAACUAGAGAACCCACAGAGGAACCAACAGAGGAUCCCUCGCAGGAACCAUCGAGUGUCGUCUCCGAGGGUCCUACAUCCGGACCCACGGUGUCAGUUACCACCGCUUCACCCACAGAAAUGCCAACGAUAGGCUCGAGUGGCCCGACGGGGCUCCCAACCACGGGCACCCUUGCCCCAACCGCUGCUGCCCCGAGCACACCAAGCCCAACUCUUGCCCCAGUCAUCACCACUAUUCCGACACCUAGUCCAUCGUUGUCGAAUCCUGGACCGACCUCCAGUCUCAGCUCAGCAUCCCCCUCUGUCUCGACAACCCAGAAGUGCAAUCUUUCGCAAGAGGGGCGGUCGGCGCUUAUCAACAUUUUUUUGCGAGUUGUCUCGAAUCCUGCCGAAGUGGACACACCGGGAUCGCCGCAGAUGCUGGCGCUAAAGUGGAUGAUCGAUGGAGAUCCGAUGCAGCUGUGUCCUCAGGACAAGCACUUGAUCCAGCGUUACGUCAUGGCCGUCUUUUAUUUCAGCACUCGAGGGGAUCGAUGGAUCCAGUGCUCGGCUCCUCCGCCGGAAGCCGCGAACGAUGCCGAAAGCGAAGCGGAAGAUGAACAAAACGCCAAUGCUCUGUGUACCAUCGAGGUGGAUGGGGUUGAUUCCAACAGCCACGCGUGGCUGACAUCCGGUACGGAAUGUGGAUGGGGUGGAGUAGGGUGCAACGAGGAAGGCUUUGUGGUACGAAUUGAAAUGGGUACGUUAUAACUAUUAUUUACGUUGUUUGUUUUUGCAGGGUCAUUCCUUUCGGCGCUGGUUGUUGCUUUUCUCUAUCUGUAACUGUUAGCACAACCACGUCUGCUUUGUAAUUUUUGUUGUUUAUUCUCAACUCGACUCAAGUCACUAACUCUCGCUCUCGCUCUCACUCUCACUCUCACCCACUCACAAACAAACGAAUACAAAUUCUUUUUCUCAGAACAAAACGGUGUCGGCGGAACGCUGGCCCACGAACUCAGCCGUCUCCAAAACCUGCGCAACCUCGUGCUUGAGGAGGGAAUCCUGACGGGGACCAUCCCCACGGAACUGGGCGAGAUCCGGUCCCUUGAACAGAUUGAUCUGAAUUUCAAUCUGUUGCAGGGGCCGAUUCCCGAGGAAUUGUACAUGCUAUCCAACCUUCGACAGCUGGACCUCAACGACAACGAGCUGACUGGUUCAAUCAGCACAAGCAUCUCGGACCUGGGCAAGCUCAGUUUCUUUCAGAUCGAAAACAAUUUGUUCUCUGGGACGGUCCCCACGCAGAUGGGGGAACUCCUCGCUCUGGGUACGUUCCAUGGCACAAGCUCGUGUACUAUCAGUUCAACACGCCAUCACAAAACUUCAGUCUUCUUGUUCUUUCACAAUUCCAUGCAUGAUUUGGAAUUGGUGUUUUCUGUUUGUUUCAGUCUGAGUCGCACGUUCUUGUUUUGCUCACGGUAUUGCAUUGGCGCCUUUUUCUUGCUGUUUUGUCCUGCCAUAAACCAAAAUUCGCAAAACAACGCGACGCACGCCGAACAAAACGACGCAAAACCCAACAUCCACGAUCCGUCCUCCCGCUCUCGGUGUGUCGUCGCCAUAGAGGUCGCAACGAUGGACAACAACCGGCUCAGCGGAACCGUACCGUGCGGGGCGAUGGAACCUCUCCCGGAGCUGCAGGUGCUGACGGUGGAUUGCCUGGGUGCACCGAACCGCCCGUCUCCCCCCCUCGUGGUCUGUGAGUGCUGUACCCAAUGCUUUUGAACGACGAAAUUCAAGAGACGAAAACGUCAGUGAGCAAGGCAAGCAACGAUGCGGCCCGUUCGGCCGCCGGUCGAGCCACCAACGAAGCUAAGAAACGAGUAAUCCUACA